ACGCGGCGACUCGUCAAAAAGAGAAAAAUACUCUAUGCCUUGAUCCCAGCCUUGCGUUCCGAUAGCCCUCCGAUAAUCCUUCAAAAUCGGUUAAAAAUCUCGAUCCAAAUCACCGAUACAAGCGUUUUCGAAAUUGACCCAAUAGAUAUCUCUCGGAGUUUAUAAGAACCAAGAACACCACCAGUUUUUUGGGGUCUACUCUACACUGUGUGCGUCUCAUUUUCUUCUCUCUCUCUCCAAAAAUUUCCCCGAUAAAACUCCCACGAAAGGGCCAACACAGUACCAGUCUACCGCCCUGUUCCAUCUAGGUCUCCAUCCAGGUACACUGUUGUCGCCGGAAAAAGCACGUCGUCAGUAACCGAACCCACUCACCAAGGAAACUCCCCUCUUUUCCUCCACAACUUUCUCAAGAAAACUCCAAUUUUCUUUCACCCAACUCUCUCUCUCUCUCUCUCUUAGUCACACGCAUGCCUGUGGCUAUGCUUUCCGUACUCUUGAUUUACCAAUAAAGUGUAUUCCUUGUUUCCUCUCUCUCUCUCCUUUUCUUGUAACUUUCCUUGAUAUUUCUAAACCCUCAGUCCGACUUCUCUGAGGGUUUAUCUCCGUUUUGAAACCUCUCUCUCUCUCUCUCUAUCUCUCCUCCACUCAAAUCUCAACCGAAUCUCUCCUCUUUACGCGCAAGGAGUCUUUCACUCUGCCUCUGUUUCGUUUCGAUGCGAAUCUGAUAAAUCUUCCAGAUAUGGACAAAACUGCCCUCUCUCCAGUGAAAUACACCCAACACAGAAUGCAAACCACAAUGCUAACGCCGUCACCGUCCACGACGCCAGGGCUUGAUGCUUUCGGUCCGAGAGUUGUACGGAUAACGGUGACGGACGGCGACGCGACGGAUUCCUCCAGCGACGAGGAGGUACGAGGAAAUAUCUCGCGGCGUCGACGGAGGGUGAAGAAGUUCGUUAACGAGGUCACAAUCAGGCCGUGGACGGCGGAGAGAGAACCAGCGGCGAAUACGAAUCGCCGUAGAAAGUCCGCCGGGAAAGAGCGAAAUACGGUGAACAGGUUGAAGCUAAACUCAGGGAAGAAGUUUCGCGGCGUACGGCAACGGCCGUGGGGAAAAUGGGCGGCGGAGAUCAGGGAUCCGCUGCGACGCGUACGGCUGUGGUUAGGUACCUACGAUACGGCCGAAGAGGCCGCCAUUGUGUACGACAACGCCGCGAUUCGGCUGCGUGGAGCCGACGCGCUCACGAACUUCGCCACUCCUCGGGUUCAACCCGGUCCGUUCGUUCCGCAAAUCAAACCGGCCGCGACUUACUCCGGUUAUACCUCCGGCGACGAUUGUCGGAGCAAAGACCUCUCAUCGCCAAAAUCUGUUCUGCCGUCACACACUCCUACGAGCGAAGAAGCCGAGUCGUCGCAGAGUCAAUCGAACGACGCCGCUACAGGGGACUUCACGGAUUUAACGGGGCUCGAUGCGACGUUGUUUCCGGGUGGUUUGUUUGAUUUUGUGGAUCCGGUUCCGGAUUUGUUUGAAGGGUCGGGCUUGGGGGACAACAUAUUGGGCAAGAAUUGCGACGAGUUUGGGUUUUUCGAUUCGGGUUAUGAGUUUGGGCUAUUGGAGUCGGGUUGUAAUUUCGGGUCUGGGCAAUCGGUGUGGAACACUUCGACCGAGGAUUAUAUCUUCCAGGAUAUAGGCGACAUAUUUGGGUCGGAUCCUCUUGUUGCCUUGUGAUCGAGUUCGAAUAAGGACAGUUUUGGUAUUAUCAUUUCUUAAUUAGCGGUCUUUUAAUUUUCGUAUUUAUUCUGUUAUUAGUAUUUUAGUUGAGUUUUGUUUUGGUUAUUUUUGUAGUUAAGUUUAGCAGUUUUUAGUAAUCAAAUUGUAAACGGCUGGUGGUAUUAAAUUUUGAGUGAAUAUCUUAGUAUUUUUAUUAUCUUUAAAAGGCACGUGCUCGUGGUCAUGGGAUUGUAAAAGACUUGAAUUAGGUGGAAGAGUAAAAUGAAAUGAACGAAAAUGCAAUUUUGGCUUUGCUAGCUGGAA